AUGCAGUUAAUGCAAGUCCCAAAAGAAAUUCAUUUAUCGAUUAUAGAAUCAAUCCUAGAAUCUGUCGAUUCCGUUAAUGUAUUAAAACCACUUGCAUUCACGUGUCGUCACUUCGCAUACCUUUGUCUCUCCGAAAUUUGGAAGACAAGAAUGUUGACAGAGAAUAAUUCAUUGAAUACAUUCCGUAACACCCUAUCAAAAAAUCCAUUAAUACCUUAUGGAGAUUUCAUAUUAAAAAUACUAGUAUAUGAAUUGAAUAAAAAACCACCAAUUUACAUUGAUGAUAAAUUAAUUAAUUUUUUUGCUGAAAAAUGCAAAAAUCUUAAAGAAUUAAACGUCUUUACUUCCUUUGGAGUGGAGUUGCUUGGGGAUCGAAUAAAUCAUUUGACAAUAGUCAAUUAUGAGAAUUGGGAUAUCUUCGCUGGUUACUUUAGAACAACAAUUUGUAAUAUACCUUCUACCCGUAAAGGUUCAGAUAAGUUGCAAGAGAGAACAAAAGGAGGUUUAAACGAUAGCAACAGAAAUGAUGAAGCGGAAUACCACGAUGCUUUAAGCGAGACUGUUAAAUUAGGAGUCGUUAAAAGUGUUCAAUUACAUAAUCCAAAAAUGUCUGAACGGGUAUGGGAAAGUUUUACGAGUAAUGCGGAUUCCUUGCAAUCGAUUAGUAUAACAUUUAAUCAAACAAUAUUAACUACAGAUCCAUCAAUGAUUGUUAUGUUAGUUGGAAAAAAUUGCAAGAAUUUAAGAAUAUUUGAUAUCGAUACAUUUCAACAAGCCAUAUCUAAAGAUUCCACAAUGAUAUUACUGGAAAAUUGUAAAAAAUUAGAUCAAUUAGAAGGCCCUUCUUGGCGAGUAAUUACAAUCGAUGAUGGUAGUAAAAUUAAUCCCGAAUUUUUCGAAACGUUAGAACAAGCUCAUCAUAAUUUAGAAUUUUUGGGAAUAAAGGGUUUUAAAUAUAAUAAUCUAUUAAAUGAUGAUUCUUUUGAUAAAUCCAAAUUUAAGGAAGCUUGGUGGUAUUAUAAAAAUACUUGUUAUAAACCUAUUAUAUAUUGGCCUACUAAUUACGUCAAGAAGAAGGAAAAAUAUCCAGAUGGUUAUUCUCUGCGAUUAAAUAACUAA